AGAGAGAGGUGGAGUUCUCCUGGUCUCCCCCACCUCCCACCCAGCAAAAUGGAGUCAUCAUCAGCUACACCCUCUCCUGCUCUCCCUCUCCCACCUCUCUUCCCCCAGUCCCCCUCCUCCCAUUCCUCUGGCUCUCUAUCAGUGGCUGGCUUCUCUCCAAACACUCUCUACUCCUGUUCUAUGACUGCUGAAAAUAGUCAGGGAUCUGGACCUCCUGCUGUUGCCACUUUCACUACUCAGCAAGACUGCCUAUUUUCAUGCGUGACAAUCAAUUUCUUUCGCAUGUAGGCAACACUUACAAAGCAUAAGCAAGAAGACAUAAAAACUGAACUUUUGCAUCAGCUGGUUACCUCUUGCCCUGACUGUGGCGUUGGUGAUGAAAUCAUAGACAGACAAUCUUUUGCCUGCUUUGAGGAAUCUCUGUCAUUCGUGACAUAUCGAGCCAGACUGGAGGGGACCUCUGAGACAGAAAGUGGCUCCCUCGUCUCUCUCAU